UCCUCUCGGGAAAUGACGAACCCUAAAGUUCGAAUCUUUUUCUAACCCAUGAACAUGGUCUUCAUAUAGCCGUCCGAUUAAUGUUGCAGUCUCAGUGUAUGCCGUUGGAUCAUGUCGCUUUGUUUCUCUGCGACUUUCGUUCACGUGUUGAUCAUGAAGAGAUCUCCUUUCCAUCUUUGAAGUUUUGAAAUUGGUUUCGGCGCCUUAACCCGCCCAGAACAUCCAUCCUUGCACUGUUCAUACUGUCUGAGUGCAUCUGUUGGAUCGAGAAACUGAGUUCCCGAGAUGCCAUCUUCUGUCAGUCUCAGAGAAGAUGAUCCUCUGUUGAAGGAUUUGAACGAGAAGAAGCAGAAUUUCAGGAGAAAUGUCGUAUCUUUGGCUGCCGAGUUGAAAGAGGCGAGGACCCGUCUCGUGUCUCAGCAGAGUUCAUGUUCUCAAGAAGCCUUGUCCAGACAGAAAGCAGAGGCAAGAGCAAGGAAAAUGGAAGGUGAAAUCUGUGGACUGCAAAAAGAAUUGAACAAGAGGGAUGAGCAGAUCCGGGCAUCAGAAUUUGCUGCAGAGAAGUAUAUGAAGGAAUUGGAUGAUAUAAAGUCGCAGCUAGCAGCAACACAGGCAACGGCAGAGGCAAGUGCUGUGUCUGCUGAAUCGGCUCAGUCUCAGUGCUUGGUAUUAUUGAAAAAACUCGAUGAGAAAGAGGGUUCUCUGAAAGAGCACGAGGACCGUGUGACUAAGCUCGGGGAGCAGCUAGAGAUAUUACAAAGGGAGCUGAAAACUAGAGAAUCUUCUCAGAAGGAACUCAGAGACGAGGUUUUGAAAGUUGAACAUGAGAUUAUGCAGGCUUUAUCCAUGGUUGGAGUAAACAAGAACACUGAGCUGGGAAAAGUCGAAAGAAUCAAUAAACUUUUGUCGGCUAAAGAUGAUGAAAUAGCGAGACUGAGAGAUGAAUUAAAGAUUAUAUCAGCUCAUUGGAGGAUCAAGACAAAGGACUUGGAAGAUCAGGUGGAGAAUCAAAAGCGAAAUGACCAGGAGCUGAAGAAGAAGGUGCUGAAGUUGGAGUUUUGUCUUCGAGAAGCUCGUGCCCAAACACGAAAACUCCAAAAGAUGGGAGAACGGAGCGAUAUGGCGAUAAAAGAACUCAGGGAGCAAUUGGCUACAAGAAAACAGCAAGAUACCUUUCCUUUGGACAACCAAAACUUCUGGGACAAAUCAGGUUUCAAGAUUGUCGUUUCCAUGUCGAUGAUGAUGCUUGUUGUGUUUUCUAGGAGAUGAAUCAUCAAUGAAAUGCAGUACGCCAUGCCAAAUUUAAGACAGAAUUCUUAAUUAAGCUAAGUAGAUAGACUUCUUGAAGAUGUAGAAAGCUAGACGGUGAAGUAUCUUCCAGUCUAUAAAGGGAUCAAGAUUACCUCUUA